AUGCAUUUUUCGUCACUUCUCGUAGCGGCCGUUGCCGUUCUCCCUACCGCCGUCUUCGGCCAGCUUUCGGGCAAAGUUGGUCCCUUGACAACCCACGCUGCCAAAACCGCGAAGAAGACUUGCAAUGUCUUGAAGUAUGGUGGCAAGGCUGAUAAAAGCACUGAUCUUGGCCCUGCUCUUUUGAGUGCCUUUGCGGCUUGCAAGACAGGCGGCACUGUUGUUGUCCCUUCUGGUGACUAUGCUAUGAAGACGUGGGCUACGUUCGAAGGCGGCAAGGCGUGGGCUCUGCAGCUUGAUGGUGUUAUCUACCGUACUGGUACCGAUGCUGGAAACAUGUUGUUCAUUCGCAACGCGAACGACUUCGAGAUGUUCAGCAGCACCGGCAAGGGUGCUGUACAAGGUCUUGGAUAUGAGGACCACAAGAACGGCAAGCGCAACGGUGCUCGCCUCUUGCGUGUCGAGAAGACCAACAACUUCUCUGUGCACGAUAUCAUCCUUGUCGACGCCCCGAUGUUUCACUUUGUUAUGAACACCGUCACCAACGGCGAGGCCUACAACAUGGCCAUCCGUGGUGGUGACUGGGGUGGCCUUGAUGGUGUCGACAUCGUCGGUACGAAUGUCUGGGUCCACGACAUCAUGGUCACAAACAAGGACGAAUGCGUAACCGUCAAGUCGCCCUCGACCAACCUGCUCAUCGAGAACAUCUACUGCAACUGGUCGGGCGGCUGCGGCAUGGGCAGUCUUGGCGCCGACACGGCCAUCUCUAAGAUCCAGUACAAGAACAUUUACACGUGGAAGUCGAACCAGAUGAUGAUGAUCAAGGCCAACGGCGGCUCUGGUUACGUUGAGGAUGUGCUCUUCGAGAACUUCUCCGGCCACGGCAACGCAUACGCCUUCAACAUCGACCAGUACUGGGCGUCCAUGAGCGCCAUCGCUGGCAACGGCGUGCAGCUCAGCAACAUCACGGCCAAGAACUGGCGCGGCACGCAGGCCAACGGCGCCCAGCGCGGGCCCGUCAAGGUCGUGUGUGCCGAUACGGCGCCUUGCACCGAUAUCAACGUGUCGGACAUCAACAUGUGGACCGAGACGGGCAACAAGAACAUCAACCUUUGCCGCUCUGGCCAUGGAUCUGGAGCCUGCUUAAAGAGCGGAACUGGUGCGUAUGCACAGAUUACCCAGACUGUUACCACCGCGCCUACUGCCUACUCGGCGGCCAGCAUGAAGGAGAACUUGCAGACGGCGUUCGGUACUGCAAGCAGCAUUCCUAUCCCGACUCUUCCUGCCAGCUACUACCCCAACACGCCGCCUUUCAGCAAGCUUGCUAGCCAGUAA